ACAUCCUCCAACAUCUCCCUCCAUAAUUUUACAGACAUUUUGCACCUGCAACAUCAACCACCUCCAGGAAACUUUCCAUGGCCGACGACAAGAAGCUCCAUAUAGUAAUGUUCCCAUGGCUAGCUUUCGGCCAUAUGAUUCCUUAUCUUGAGCUCUCCAAACUCAUUGCUCAGAAGGGUCACCGUGUCUCCUUCGUUUCUACUCCCAAAAACAUCGAUCGUCUUCCCACCAAACUCCCUCCCCAUGUAUCUCCUUUACUCACCUUUGUCAAAAUUCCUCUCCCUCAAGUUGACAAUCUGCCCGCAAAUGCAGAGGCCACAUCCGAUCUCCCUUACGACAAAGUUCAGUUUCUCAAAAAGGCCUUCGACGACCUUAAACAACCCCUCUCUGACUUUCUUCGAACUUCCGAUGCAGACUGGAUCUUGUUCGACUUUGUUCCCUAUUGGAUCGGUCAAGAGAUUGGACCCAAUCUCCGGAUUAAGACGGCUUUUUUCAGUAUCUUCAUUCUCCAAUCUAUGGUAUUUGUCGGACCUAUGUCAGGGGACCAUCGGAUGAAAAUUGAGGAUUUCACGGUUCCUCCUGACUGGAUCCCCUUCCCCACUACCGUAGCAUUUCGUCACUUUGAAAUUAAGAAGGUUUUCGACUUUGUCGACGGUAAUACCACCGGGGUUUCAGAUUUAGAUCGCUUAAAAAUGAGUGCUCACUACAGCGAUUUAGUGGUUGUGAGAGCCUGCCCUGAGUUCGGACAGGAUUGGAUUCAAUUGCUUGGAGAUGUAUACGGUAAAAAUAUCUUCCCAAUUGGUCAGCUUCCGACGUCAGAGUAUAAUUUCGAAGACGAAAAUUCAGCAUGGCAGUCGAUUAAAGAAUGGCUUGACAAACAACCCAAAGCAUCAGUGGUCUAUGUGGCAUUCGGGAGCGAGGCCAAGCCUAGUCAGGACGAACUAACAGAGAUUGCUUUAGGGUUGGAAAAAUCAGAGUUGUCGUUCUUUUGGGUUUUGAGGACACGGCUAGGACUGUCCGACCCGGAUCCAAUUGAGUUACCCAAGGGCUUCGAGGAACGAACCAAAGGGCGGGGUGUUGUGUGCACCACUUGGGCGCCGCAAUUGAAAAUAUUGAGACAUGACUCAGUGGGUGGGUUUUUGACACACUCUGGUUGGAGCUCUGUUGUGGAAGCUAUUCAGAGUGAAAAAGCUUUGAUAUUACUGUCUUUUCUGGCAGACCAAGGAAUCAUUUCGAGAGUGUUGGAAGAGAAGAAGAUGGGUUAUUGUGUUCCAAGAAACCAAUUUGAUGGUUCGUUUACAAGGGUCUCGGUGGCAGAAUCAUUGAAGCUAGUAGUGGUGGAGGAAGAAGGUAAGAUUUACAGAGAGAGAAUAAGAGAAAUGAAGGAUUUGUUUGUGAACAAAGGAAGAGACGAGAAGUUAAUGGAUCGGUUUCUGAGCUACCUAAAGACGCAUAGAAAUGCCAAGUGAGGAUAUCUUUAAUGUUGAUAGAAUAUUGGAGUGUAUCAAGAGAGCUCACUCAAAGCUCAAUUUCUGAUGUAUUAUAUGUUGUUUGAUUAAUAAGUUUGGUAUUUUCUGUUAAUCAGUUGCAUAAAUUGUUUAUCUCUUUUACCGUGAGUCACCUAUUUAAGGUCAUUGUGUUGAUCAUUUUAUCAACAGUAACAAAAGUCAUUUUAUGAUCAAUUUCUUGUUGUUUAGAAUUCUAUUAUGGUACCAGAGUUUGAAGUCUAAUGACUGAAUUUUUUUUUUUUCGGAGAUGGAUACUCCCACCAAAGAUUAGUAUUCGGCUGAGACAACUUCAUCUACAACUCCAUUCAAGGUAAUCAAUCCAGGAAGUAAAAUUACUACUCUGAAGCUUGAUGAAAGUAAUUUUGUAUCUUGAAAACUUCAAAUUACCACAAUCCUAAGAAGAUAUGAACUUGAAAGAUUCAUUGAUCAAGAACGCACUACUUCGUUGAAGUUUCUUC